ACAAUACAAAAUUAUGAGAAGAAUGAGUAUAAACGAAGCAUGAUCUCACUUUAAGGAAUUAAAUAGUAAAUUAGCGACAUAAGUAAUUCGGUUAUCUCAUUGGUCGACAAAUUAUAUUAAUACAAAUCAAGCGAAGUCUAACACAGUUCAAUAACAUUUGAAGAUUAUUAAUACUCUGUACUUGAGAAGCAUUAUGUUAAAACAAUAUAAAUGUACAUAGCCUGACAUCAGAGAGAUAUAUCCCCACCUUUUCUGUGAACAAAGAUCAUCUACUCUCAAAUACUUCAUAUUUAUCAGUAGCUUUUGAACUAAACUUCAAAUAUGAAGUCCUUAUUGAUUGUAUAUUUGACUGCAUAUGUUUGGUUAACACUUUGUCAGAAAGCUUCAGCCUCUAAUAAGAGUAUUCCUCUGGUAGUCAUUACUUGGGAUUAUAAGGAUGCUGCACAAAGAGCAUGGAAUGUUUUGAACAAUGAGAAAAGGAGUGCCUUGGAUGCAAUAGAAGAAAGUUGCAGUGUCUGUGAAGAGCAAAGAUGUAGGAAAACUGUAGGAUAUGGAGGCAGUCCAGAUGAAUCUGGAGAAACAACUCUGGAUGCUCUAAUCAUGGAUGGAGUAACAAUGGAUGUCGGUGGUGUAGGACUAUUAAGAAAUGUGAAAAAUGCCAUUUCAGUUGCUCGUAAGGUUUUAGAAAACACCAAACAUUCUUUGCUUGGUGGAGAACUGGCUACAAAAUUCGCUGUAGAGAUGGGAUUCAAAGAAGAACCUUUACAGACAGAAGAAUCAAAGAAAAUGUGGUUGGAUUGGAAAUCAAACAACUGUCAACCCAAUUAUUGGAAGAACGUAGUUCCGGACCCAAAAAGAUCUUGUGGCCCAUAUCGUGUAGCAAAUAUCAUGGAAGACAAUGUGGAGGAGCAUGAAUCACAUGUGAACGAAGAAAACCACGAUACGAUCGGAGUUGUAGCUAUAGAUUUGAAUGGACAUAUAGCAGCAGGUACAUCGACGAAUGGAGCUAGAAAUAAAAUCCCUGGCCGCAUUGGGGAUUCCCCCAUAGCUGGCGCAGGCGCAUAUGCUGAUCAAAGGGUUGGUGCGGCAGCUGGAACUGGUGAAGGAGAUAUAAUGAUGCGUUUUUUGCCAAGUUUCCUGGCUGUAGAGGAAAUGCGCCGUGGCGCGACUCCUAUUGAAGCUGCCACCACAGCGAUCAGAAGGAUUGCCGAACAUUAUCCUACAUUCACCGGUGCUGUAAUUGCAAUAAACAAAGAUGGAGAAUACGGUGCUGCGUGCAACGGAAUCACACGCUUCCAACAUUACGUAGCUAAUCCUGAAUUAGGACAAGCGAUGAUGCAUUUUGUUAAUUGCAUAGAUGCCAAAUACGAAGUCUUUAAAGUCUAGAAACGACCGAUCGUUUCCUUGUAAUUUCUUUUAAUUUCUAAAACUUGUACUUAUUAGGAAGCAUAUUCCUAAGCAUAUUAGGAAGCAUAUUCAAUAUAAUAUAAUAUCUAUAUUAUAAUAUAUUGUUAUCUGUAU